UCCUCGAGUUGGGACGUUUGGCUUCAGCGGUGUAGAGGUCAGUGCGCCAGACUACCACUGCGCCCCCUGAUUCUGCUGCAUUUUACCACAAUGUUCCCAUUGACAGAAUACUCACCACUCAGUAGAUAUCCCAGAACUCCCCAGCAUCAGUUGCGUCUACACCAUCUUUAAAACCUCGUCAAAUGUCGAGACAAGCACUGAGAGACGAGAGCUGUCCGAACCAUCAACACUGCAUGUCUUUUGCAAUGCCUACUCAAUAAUCAGGACAGUUUCCCACCUGCACCAACAGUAUUAGGUGUGCCCCUCAUUUUCAUUUAUUAAUACUUGCCCCUUACACUCCACAGGGAAUACAGCCCAAAAUAGGGGAGAGCUCCCUGUCAGUUGGCUCCUCAUUCCUUCUGACUGCUGUGAACUAGACAUGGACUGGUACUAUUGGCUGCCUUAAACUUACCCUGCUGUGAACUCCUGAACAAAAGUUAUCCCCCUUUGCUUGACAGAGGCCUGUUAACAAUUAUUUUCCUGGCUUUCCUGAUGUGGAAAGAUGGCAAUAAUAAGUUUAGUAGCUCUGGCUGAGGGGGCAAACUGCACAAAGGUAAGGAGCUAUGAGCAUCCAUGUAGGGUCAAAAUGAAUGUUAUGAAAGCAAGCAAGCAAAGAGUUUAAAGAUGCAGCCUGGUCCAAUGUCCUCAUUGCACGAUACAUUAUUUGUUGCAGGUGUAGCUCAAGAUGCAGCAGUCAAGUGUACAAGUGUCUUGUAAAUGGAUCAGAUUGUACCAUUAGGGUUCAUUCUCCCAUCCUCUCAGAUGGUAAUGGUUGUUGACGUGGGAGGUGUGUGGCCAGUUCCCAUGGAUUGUGCCUUGAGAUGUUGAUGCCUAUUUUCAAACAUUGGGGUCAUUCAGAGGAAGUGGCAAGCUGAAUUCGCCAAGUGCUUUCUUUGGCAAGUGUGAUAUGAAAGGGGUCUGAUUAUUAAUGAGGCAAGUUGCACCCUUAUUGUGCCAUUUAACAAGCAUUAACCCCUAUCAAAUCACUUCUUUUCCAUGAUGUUUGCGAGAAACUUAAAGAAAUGAAAUUAUCUUGUCAAGAUUGGCCUCGCCACAGAUCUCAGCAGGUCAUUCAGACCCAUAAAAGAUUUCAUUCCCUAAUUUAGCAUGUUCCAUCAUUGACAGCUAUGCUCUGAGUCCCCAUUCUUAAACCUCUCAAUUUCUUCCUCAUUUAAGGUGUUUUAAAACAUACCUGUUUAACUUUUUGGUUACAGAACAUUAAAUAGUAUAGCACAGAAACAGGUCCUUCAGUACACUCUAUGCCAACCAUGAUGCCAUUUUAAACUAAUCCCCUCUUCUCUGCCUGUUCGUGUAUAUCUAAAUGCUUCUUAAAUAUUGCUGUUUAUCUGCUUCUUCCACUUCCCCUGGAAGUAUGUUCCAGACACCGACCACCCUUUGUGUAAUAACAAGUAUCAAAUUUUGCUUUAUGAAGUAUCCUGAGACAUUGUUACCCUCAAGGCAGUAUAUAAAACAAGUAUUGUUAAAUUAUUUUCUUGAAGUUAUCAGUGAUUAUACUUCUACCCCUGGUUUUGGUUACAACACCAAGUCGAAAUAUUUUUGUCUCCCCCAUGACUACCUUUAAUAAUCAAUAAAUGUUUAAUUCUCAACCUUCUAGACAAAAGGGGCCCAAAUUAAGUUUCUCCUAUUAGCAAAAAUAUUCAGAUUCACAAAGGUGAUAUCAGAAUAUUUUUGCAACUUCGCUCGUCCCUCCAUAUCCCUCUUUAUGAAAUGAACGUCAGAACUCGUGUUUCAGAUACAAUAAAUCUUCCCAAGACCUAAAAGCAUAGUUGUAAUGGCACAAAUAUCAGAAACAGACCAGAUAAAACAGUUUAAAGAAUUUCUGGGUACAUACAAUAAACUGACUGAGCACUGCUUUAUGGACUGUGUGAAGGACUUCACAACCAGGGAUGUAAAAACAGAAGAGGUGACCUGUUCAGAACAUUGUCUGCAGAAAUAUCUGAAGAUGACCCAAAGAAUAUCAAUGCGCUUUCAGGAAUAUCAUAUUCAACAAAAUGAAGCUUUAGCAGCUAAAGCAGGACUGAUUAGCCAACCUAGAAUAUAAAAGUGGACCAACUGAAUGACGGGGCACAAAUGAAUCGUAAAACAUUGCUGCACUGGUGGACAAAUGACCACAUUUUUAAUGUCCAAAACAUUGGUGCCUAUUAAGAUACAACCGAAAUGAACAUUCUUGGAAUCAAGAAGAGGUGGAUGGAAACAGGAAUUCAUUAUGUCUGAUGGACCAACACUUCUGGUUUAUUUUGAAAGUGAAUGGUACACCUUUUCAAUUGUUUGUAAACUUAAGUCUACAGCAAUCACUGCAUUUAAAGUUCACAAUGAUGGAAUAAACUUUGUUGGAGCUGAA